CACUGCUAGUCCACUAAACUAGUAUUGACCUUUCUGGACCACUAAUUACGCUGAGAUGUCGGCGGCCACUCCUAGCUCGUCCACACCAGAGGCCGGAACCUCACCAGCCGCCGUUCCGCAAGAUAUCCCAUCCAAUGCAUCCUCCGUCGACCGCUACGUUCUCGAAUACCUUCGUACACAUGGACAUACGUCUGCUGAACAAGCUUUCAGUGAAUCUCUGGAAAGCGAUGACAAAGGGAAAGGGCGAGAGAUGUCGGGCACGACCAUUACAGCAGACGAGCUUGUCAAGAAGCUCACCUCCAUGCUAGACCGUUCCGGUGACAUUUCGGUCCAAAACGCACUCAAGGACAUUACAUCCUUGAGCAAUACAUCGAAUCUGCAAAGCCUACUUUCUUCUAUUGGGCCUGGAGGUACUGAGGAGAUCUUGACGCUGGAUCCCACUGACAAGCAGGAGGGGUUUCGAGAACUCGAGUCUUGGGUUGACGGAUCACUGGAUAUGUACAAGCCCGAGUUCCGCCCAAUACUCUUUCCAAUAUUUUGCCACUUCUAUCUCGACUUAGUGCAGUACGGCUUCAAAGACGCUGCCCUGGACUUCUUCAAAACUUUCUCACCAUCACUCGAGCCCAUGCACAGCUCGACUCUCCACCGACUCUCUACACUUCGCCUCCCAUCACACGUUCAACACGAUGAAAUCGCCAACCAGUUCCGUAAUGCCAAGUACGUCGUACGCAUGAGCCGAACAGGAUUUAACCUACUAGUGGGCUGGCUCACGGAGGGUAUAGGAGGUGAAGGCACCGGUGCAGGUGUUGGGUUCUCUGGAGACAAAGGAAAGAGGGGUCGAUCUGCCGUGAUGCGUGUCGUGAACAACCAUUUGCGGUUUGACGUCACUACCGCCAGCCCAAGCGCUGUCUCGGCCAACUCAUGGGAGGAAUCCACCGGUCUUCUUUCCUCCCUCAUCCCUCAACCAGAAGGCUCCACAUCUUCCUCGGCACUACUAACAAACCCGCAGGCUUUCAACACUUCCAAAGGCGACCUUAAACUUGGUCCGCCACCAAUGUCGGACGAACUGCGAGCAGAGACGGAGAAGAUGUUACGGGAUCAGGCCAUGAUUGACAGGGACCCGUACGCGCAGAACGACGCGAACAACGUACGGCCGCCACCUGUACCUGGUGUCGUCGCACCGACUGUCGCAGAACAGCCGCCACAUCCUCCGACCUUCAAGACGGUGGACAUUCAGAGAGAGGUUGAGAGAGUGAGGGAUGCGAGGAAGAGGAUACGAUUAGAGCCUUCGGCUCUGCACGCAGUGGAUGCGAAUUCACCCCAGGCUGCUGCUGCGAGACAACGAGCUCUUCCGAGUAUAUGUGCCUAUACAUUGCAUGAUGUUCCUGAAGGAUCGCCUUGUGUUACAUUUUCGCAGGAUACGUCGCUGAUGGCCGCUGGGUUUGAAGAGAGCUAUAUUCGAAUAUGGAGCCUCAAGGGCGAAUCACUCAACGUGCUCAAAAGUGACUUCAAUGUCAAUAACAUCAAAGACACAUCCUCCAUCCGCAAAAUUCGUGAAAAAGGCGGACCCUCAACGCGAAAACUAAUAGGCCACAGCGGACCUGUCUACUCUCUAGCCUUCGACCCUAUCGCAGGUUCCUCAGGCCCCCCAAAAUACCUCCUCUCCGCCUCAGCAGAUUCUACUGCCCGACUAUGGUCUCUAGACACUAUGACGAAUGUUGUUGUCUAUCGGGGGCAUCAGAAUCCUGUGUGGGAUGUGGCUUGGAGUAGUACAGGGAUCUAUUUCGCGACGGCGAGCAGGGAUAAAACGGCGAGGCUUUGGUCGACUGAUAGGACGUCGGCGUUGAGGAUUUAUGCGGGUCAUCAGAAUGAUGUGGACUGCGUCAGGUUUCAUCCGAACUCGUUGUACCUGGCGACUGGCUCUAGUGAUAAGACAGCCAGGCUUUGGGACGUUCAGAAGGGUUCAUGUCUACGUAUAUUCGUGGGCCAUCAAGACAUCAUAACGACAUUGGCCUUCAGCCCGGACGGCAGAUAUCUUGCCACAGCGGGUGAAGAUCUAGCCGUGAAUUUGUGGGACCUCGGUUCCGGUCGACGCAUCAAGAAAAUGCUGGGCCACACUGCAUCGAUUUACUCCCUCGCAUUCAGCGCAGAAUCGAGCAUGCUCGUUUCUGGAGGUGCGGAUUGGACGGUCAGGUGUUGGGACGUGAAGGCUCCAGGUGGGUUGGCGGAGAAGGAUAAGUCGAAGGAAAACGGGGUGGCGUCGGGGGCUGGUGUGAAUGGGAUGGUCAAUGGUCAUGGCAAUGGGGCUGGAGCAGGACAUGGGGCCGCGGCAGGUGGUGGCGCGGGAGGAAAUAAGAACCCGUAUGUCAUUGAUACCGUGGAAACGACGGACCUCAUGGCAAUGUUCCCAACGAAGAGGACACCGAUCACGAAUGUUCAUUUUACUCCGAGGAAUCUAUGUCUCGUCGCUGGACCUUAUCUUUCUCCUGACCAGCACCGAUGACCGUCGACCAAUACUAAUCACGGGCACGGGCUGAGUCUUGUGCUGGAUGAUGUUACCUUUCAACCUGUGUCUGCUCCCAUGUUUACCGCUGUCACCUUCUUCCAUGCUGAUGUUGUGCAACUAUUUUGGACGUGGAUAUUCUCCCAAAUGUUGGUAUCCUUUAUUAUGGAAC